AUGGAUGAAAGUUUUGAUGAAGACGAAAAACCGACUAUUGAACAAACUGACAUUGCGUUUGAUGACGAUGAAGACGAAGGCGAUCUUGACAUGAGCGGCGUGAGGCAAGAAGCGUGGAUUGCAAAGUUGCCUUCAUUUCUUUUUGAAAAAUGGGCCGACAUAAGUGAAGACGAUCUCGAGCUUGCGAAGGUUCAAGUUUACUCUGACCCAUACGGUGGUCCUGAUCAGUAUAAGCUUAUUUUAGCUGACCAUGAACGGCACGAUGAUAUACCUAAAGAAUACGAACUUGACGUUAUAGGACAGCAAGUACAAAAUAACUACUGUUUUUGCGAAGACAGAAAAAUUAAUUCUGUAUCAUUAUCGUCUACAGUAACGGGAAACUUCAAUAUUAGGCCCAGCGUAAAUGCCGAUUAUAGCAAGAAAUUGCGUGAAAGAACCUUAUUGGCAGCAAAACCUGAAAGAACAAUAAGGUUCCUUGAAGAAAAUGAAAAUCGUGGUGCUUACGUUCCGCCUGGCGCUCAGUCUAUAGUCGGCGAUAAAUUCAGCAGCUUAGUCCCGAAGAAACCGAAAGUUACAAUGGAACAAAAGACGACGCGUAUACCGAAGAACGAGCUCAUAGAUUCAUUGUUCGGUGCUUUUGAGAAAUACGCAUAUUGGACAUUUAAAGGCCUUAAAGACUAUGUAAAGCAGCCGGAGUCUUAUCUUAAAGAGGUGUUGAAUGAAAUAGCAAUUUUGGACAAAAAAGGUCAUUACAACAAUUGUUAUCAUCUAAAGCCCGAAUAUAGUCAAAAUAUAUCUGCAGAAACUGUAUCAGUAGCUCCCCAGGGUGUUGAGGCGCCCCUGGAAAAUGUGGGGAAUGAAGAAGACUACAGUUAUGAAGCACUUGAAAACGACGAAUUUGAGGCAGGAUCAGAUGAUGAUCUAUCUGAUGAUUAA